AGAGCUCACGUCCUUUUACAUAUCACCAGUCGGCUACGUUUUGUUAAUUCUCACGCCGGGCACAUGAUCGCUUAGCCGGCGUACUGUACCGUGUCGACCAGGCCUGAGGAACUUUGUUGCUUCAGGAAUCAGGUCAGCGUGUAAAAGAUAACUAAUCAACAGGAUGGAUUGGCAGCCCGACGAGCAGGGACUUCAGCAGGUCCUCCAGCUGCUUAAAGACUCUCAGUCGCCUGACACAGUCAUACAAAGGACUGUCCAGCAAAAACUUGAACAACUCAAUGGGUUUCCUGACUUCAACAACUAUCUCAUCUUUGUCCUCACACGACUCAAAACUGAAGACGAGCCGACUCGCUCUUUAAGUGGUUUGAUACUGAAAAACAAUGUCAAGGCCCACUACCAGAACCUCCCUCGGGCUGUUUCGGAUUUCAUCAAACAGGAAUGCCUCAACAACGUUGGUGAUCCCUCACCACUCAUCCGUGCCACCAUCGGCAUCCUCAUCACUACCAUUGCCUCCAAAGGAGAGCUACAAACAUGGCCGGAGCUGCUGCCUCAGCUCUGCAACUUACUCAACUCAGAGGACUACAACACCUGUGAGGGCUCGUUCGGUGCGCUGCAGAAGAUCUGCGAGGACUCGUCUGAGCUGCUGGACAGUGACGCUCUGAACAGGCCCCUCAACUUUAUGAUUCCUAAAUUCCUUCAGUUCUUCAAGCAUUGCAGUCCAAAGAUUAGAUCUCAUGCUAUAGCCUGUGUGAACCAGUUUAUCAUCGGCAGAGCCCAGGCUCUAAUGGAAAACAUUGACACCUUCAUCGAGAGCUUGUUUGUGCUGGCAGCAGAUGAAGACGCGGAGGUCAGGAAGAAUGUGUGCCGAGCUUUGGUCAUGUUACUGGAGGUCCGCAUCGACCGUCUCAUCCCCCACAUGCACAGCCUCAUCCAGUACAUGCUGCAGAGAACUCAGGACCCUGAYGACAACGUGUCUCUGGAGGCCUGUGAGUUCUGGCUGACUAUAGCAGAACAACCUAUUUGUAAAGAGGUUCUGUCCGGACACCUUGUGCAACUGAUUCCAAUCUUGGUAAACGGAAUGAAGUAUUCAGAGAUUGAUAUCAUAAUACUGAAGGGUGACGUGGAGGAGGAUGAGAUGGUGCCCGACAGUGAGCAGGACAUCAAGCCUCGUUUCCACAAGUCGCGCACCGUCACCUUGCAGCACGGAGGAGAGGAGGGGGAGGACUACGAAGACGACGACGACGAUUCCCUGUGCGAUUGGAAUCUGCGGAAGUGUUCGGCGGCUGCACUUGAUGUUCUGGCCAAYGUGUUYGGUGACGACUUGCUGCCCCACCUCCUGCCGCUUCUCAAAGGCCUGCUCUUCCACCCUGACUGGGUUGUCAAAGAGUCUGGCAUCUUGGUUUUGGGGGCCAUUGCUGAAGGCUGCAUGCAGGGCAUGGUGCCCUAUCUGCCAGAGCUCAUCCCCCACCUCAUCCAGUGUCUGAGUGACAAGAAGGCCCUGGUACGCUCCAUCGCUUGCUGGACCCUGAGUCGCUAUGCACACUGGGUAGUCUCCCAGCCCCCCGACUCCUACCUCAAACCACUUAUGACGGAGCUUCUGAAACGUAUCUUGGACAGAAACAAGAGGGUGCAGGAGGCUGCCUGCAGUGCUUUUGCCACUUUGGAGGAGGAGGCAUGCACAGAGCUGGUGCCCUACCUGAGUUUCAUCCUGGACACGCUGGUGUUUGCCUUUGGGAAGUACCAACACAAGAACCUGCUCAUCCUGUAUGAUGCCAUUGGAACUUUGGCAGAUUCAGUCGGUCACCACCUCAAUCAGCCUGAGUACAUUCAGAAGUUGAUGCCUCCUUUAAUUGCAAAAUGGAACGAGCUUAAGGACGAAGAYAAAGACCUUUUCCCACUAUUAGAAUGUCUGUCRUCAGUAGCUACAGCCCUGCAGAGUGGCUUCCUGCCGUACUGUGAACCAGUCUAUCAGCGCUGCGUCACGCUGGUGCAGAAGACCCUCGCUCAGGCUAUGAUGUACAACCAGCAUCCCGACCAGUAUGAGGCUCCAGACAAGGAUUUCAUGAUCGUGGCUCUGGAUCUGCUGAGCGGACUGGCGGAGGGUCUUGGGAGUCAUGUGGACCAACUUGUGGCUCGCUCAAAUAUCAUGACACUGCUGUUCCAGUGCAUGCAGGAUACUAUGCCUGAAGUGAGACAGAGCUCCUUCGCCCUGCUGGGUGAUCUGACGAAGGCGUGUUUCCCCCACGUGAAACCCUGCAUCGCUGAGUUCAUGCCGAUCUUGGGGCUCAACCUGAACCCAGAGUUUAUCUCUGUGUGUAACAACGCCACCUGGGCUAUUGGAGAGAUYGCUAUGCAGAUGGGUGCUGAAAUGCAGCCCUAUGUGGGCAUUGUCCUGCCACAGCUGGUAGAAAUCAUCAAUAGACCCAACACGCCUAAAACUCUACUGGAAAACACAGCCAUUACAAUCGGCAGGCUUGGUUUUGUCUGUCCUCAGGAAGUGGCUCCACAGCUGCAGCGUUUCAUCAGACCAUGGUGCACGUCAUUGAGGAACAUCAGAGACAACGAGGAGAAGGACUCUGCUUUUCGGGGAAUCUGUGUUAUGAUUCAGGUUAAUCCUGCAGGAGUUGUGCAGGACUUUAUUUUCUUCUGCGAUGCUGUGGCUUCGUGGGUCAACCCAAAAGAUGACCUGAGGGACAUGUUUUACAAGAUCCUGCACAGCUUCAAGGACCAGGUUGGAGAGGAGAACUGGCAGAAGUUCUCAGAGCAGUUCCCUCCUAUGUUGAAAGAGCGCCUGUUGGGCUGUUAUGGUGUCUAACACGACCCUUUCCUCGGUCCACUGGCCUUUUGGGUUAAUGAAUGGGAGGGUAACAGGGGAACUCAUUGCACUGCCCAAAUCACAGGGAGGAACUCAAACUGGAGCGACACGACGAGCCUCGAACCUCCGUGGCGCAGAUGUCCUCCUUUCUCCGUGCGCUGUUCGUCUCCAUUAGGGAGGGUGGGAGGAGGGUGGUGGGUGUGGGAGGGUAAACUGGGGAUAUACACAUACCUCUCAGAUGAAAUCGCCUCCCUGCGACACACUCUGAAGCGAUUUUCGCCAACACCAAUGCAGGGAUCCAAAGCAGGCGAGGGCACAAUCAGGGCAGAGCUGGACCGCCCUCGUUUCUAUUGGAUCAUCCUCAUGAAAUAAAUGUUUGGAACAAGAGGAGGGGUGGCCAAUGGUUACGAAAACAAAUGGUCCAAACCAGCAUAGGGUGCCACAGUCCCAAAAACUAAAACGCAUGUAGAACGAGUCACAUGUAGCUGUGUGGAAACAGGCUUGUGCCAGAGCCUGAAUGGAAAAAUAGAUGCUUAUACUGUGCACAGGAGAAAAACGAAAAACUUUCGCACCUUUUACUGCAAACUGCAUAACUUUACGGUAUGCAUUCACAUGAGUUUGUCCUUAAAUGUACAUUUAGUUAAAUUUGUAUCUUUAUUGUUGCAGAGUUCUUCUCCAAAUGUAGACUUUAAUUUAUUUCUCCUCAAAUGAGCCAAUAAAGAUGCAGUACCUCUGUCCUCUUAAGAUUGAAACCAAAACACUGCAUGAUCACUUCUUUAGUUCCACGUUUCUGUGAAUGUGUUUUUUACUUUUUAUUUUUUCAGUUUAUAGCAUUAGUAAUCAGUUUUAGUAAGCUGUCAUAAUUGCAAGACUGUCCAGUUAUCUAAUCAUUCUCUGUAUAGUUUUAGUUUAGACUGUAGGUGGAAUAAUUCAGGAUUUGGCUCAUGUUUGAUGAUUGUUAACCCAACAAGAGUUGAUAUACUGUAGGCAGAUCGGGGAUCCUAUAUGCUGCUGUUGCUUUUAGUAUAUUUAAAUAAUGAAGUUUAAUGAAGAUGUCUUCAUAAUAUUUUUUUAAACUGGUUUAAAUGCACUUUUUUUGUGAGAAUUGUAAAAUUACAGUAAUUUACUCAAACAGGUUUUUUUUUUUUUUAAUUUUGGUAAGUGAAUCUAGAACUGUUGGAAGCAUAAUGAUAUUGUUAAGCAAAAGUAUAUUAACUUGCCACGACGUGUUUUUGUUAAUCACAAUGUAGCUCUGAUAAUUGACUAAUUAGAAAUAAAAGAGAGGAGGAGGGGACAUAUUUUGGAGUUAUGUCCCACUGCUGCACUCUUCUAAGCGCCUAAGCCAGUCCCCACAGUGUAUUAAAGUUUCUUGGCUGAAAGCUGUUUUAAUUUUCUUUUAUACAUUGCAUGAAUUUAGUUUUUUAUUUUUAUUUUUGUAAAUUUUUACCCUAAAAGAUCUGUUGUGGACGAUGCAACUAGCUGCAGCAUUAAUACGGUACUUCAGCUUCUGCUCAAACUUGAUUAUUGCCAUAUUUUCACUCGCUAACACUGUGUAGGUUCUGCCUGGGAAUUUCUAAAAUCCUGUUAGUACUCCUUUAGCUAAUCACGAAUGGGGGGUGGCUUUAUUUUAUCUUUUUGUCUUUGUUCUUAAUGGACGGUUGCAAGUGUGCAUGACUCUGCUUUGUGGUGUUUACAAGAAAUAACUUCCAGACAAUUUAGCACCAGCCCUUCUUAAAAAUUAUGUUUCAGAGUGUAGUUUUAAGAUGUGUUGCCCCCCUGGUUUAUUUCUAUUUAGCCAGCCAUUUAGUAGUAGGGCUAAUUAAAUGUUCUUAAAUUGAGAUCAUUUUGAGGAAAAAAGUUAGAAUUGUAAUCCUGCCUGAUUGAAACAGCAUGUCACCUUAUGUAAAUGGGUUCUGUAUUUAGAGGAGCAUUAAUGUGACUUCAACAAAUGUGACAUUUUUAUUAUUUUGUUGCUAAUAGGACAUUAAGUUCUCUAACCACUUUAAGCUUCACAGUGGGUUUAGCAGGUAGCUUUAAUCACAGACUGAAGCAACGUUUAAGGUUCCUUCUAAGGAUGUUUUAGUCAAAUGCAGCUAUUCUGAUAAGAUUUCCUAAAACRAACAAACCAAGCUUUGUCAUCCAUUGCCGUGGUUGGAGGGGGGAUGCACAAAAUAUAAGUUAAAUGCAAAUCGUCAGUUUUACUUUAUUUUGUUUUUAUGUUGUGCUCCAGUGCACAAAUUGUUUUGGACUUUAAAAGUUUUUUUUCUUUUUUAUAUUCUUUUAUUUAAAGAGCUGUUUUGUUUGUUGUAUUACAGCAGAUCUACUGGUUAAUUCAGAUUUGUAAAGGAUGAACUGAAGGCUAAUCAAUGCUGACGACUUGCAUCUUGGAGAAAAAUAAAUUUACGACUUCUGUUUCACUUUGAUAUCAAGGCUGGCAACUGAAUUUAAUGUACUAGUAUUUUUCUAAACAGUGGCAGGUAUUAUGUCAUUUAAUGUAUCCCUUUUUAUUUUGUGGAUAGAAAAUAAAUGAGUUUUGAGUUGGCUGGAAAUUGUGUGUAUGAUCCACGUUGAAACAGUCUUUGAUGUUAUGAACAUAAUUUACUUGUAGUGCUAGAUGUUUCUGGAAAUUCAAUGGGGAAAACGAAAUUGGCACUCUUGGAGUAUGCUCAUAAAGCUGUUUUGUUUUUAAAUUUCUACAAAAUAAAAUGGCUGAAUUUAAA